AUGGCAGCCCCAAUGCAAACAAAGGACCCCAAGAAGAUGCAAGCACACCUCGCCCAACUCCAAUAUAAGGGCGACAACUACGUCGAAGGCUGGGCUUCCCUCUGGGACAAGGGUGACAACCUCCCCUGGGACCGAGGCUUCCCCAACCCAGCUCUGGAAGACAUUCUCGUGAAGCAGCGGCCUACCAUUGGCGCGCCCCUGGCUACAGACGCACAGGGCCAGUCGUACAGACGCAAGGCUCUAGUUCCGGGCUGUGGGCGCGGCGUGGACGUCCUCCUGCUCGCGAGCUUUGGCUAUGACGCGUAUGGACUGGAGUACAGUGCGGCUGCGGUCGAGGCGUGUCAGAAGGAGGAGAAGGACAAUGCCAAUUGGUACCGGGUUCGCGAUCAGGCUGUUGGGGCUGGGUCGGUGACUUGGCUUCAGGGUGAUUUCUUUGAUGAUGCUUGGUUGCAGAAGGCCGGCGUUGGGUUGAAUGGGUUUGAUAUUAUUUAUGAUUAUACGUUCUUCUGUGCUCUGGACCCAUCCUUGCGUCCUAAAUGGGCGCUUCGCCAGACCCAGCUUCUGGCUCCUUCGCCAUCGGGUAACCUGAUCUGUCUUGAGUUUCCCCGCCACAAGGAUCCUCAGGCUGCAGGUCCCCCAUAUGCCUCCCCUUCGGAGGCUUAUAUCGCCCACCUGAGCCACCCAGGUGAAGAUGUACCCUACGACGCCAAAGGCGCCGUCAAGUACAACCCCCUGCAGCCCACCAGCCCAGGCGGUCUGGAAAGAGUGGCAUACUGGCAGCCUGAGCGCACGCACGAGGUAGGCCAGGGCGAGAACGGAGCGAUCCACGACCGAGUAUCAAUCUGGCGCCGUCGUAACUAG